CACACUGGCCAAAAGUUCAAAACGUAGACGGCGUAUUUUCUUAAAUAUCACGUAGGUAAGACAAAUUCUUGCUUAUUAAUUCUCAUAGCUGCGAAAUAGCACCAUGUCUUCGGCCGAAGAAACAACCAAAGCUGCGGAGAACGUGGAGGACGUGGAAUUUGUGGAUAUGGCGUUCACGCAAGAGUUGCGUAAAGCAACAAAGGAUGUGCAUAAGCUCACGGAUGCGGUCGUAAAUGCAAAGUUCGCCUUUGCCCUUUCGGACGAUGAGGUUUGGUACGAUGGAUUGCUGGCCUUUUACGAGUUGUAUAAGUUCUUCGAGACUCAUCUACCGGAGCGCCUGCUGCCGAUGGAGUUCUACAGGACAGCAGCUUUUGAGCGCGAUUUCGCUUAUUUUUACGGCGCCGACUGGAAGGAGACCUAUGAAAUUCGCCCUGCUGUCCAGAAGUAUCUCGAGCAUCUGGAGAAGGUUGCCGCUCAGAAUGAAUUGCUUCUUUUCGCCUACGCCUACCAAAUGUAUAUGGCCCUGAUGUCCGGCGGGCAGAUGCUGCAGAAGAAGCGUAUGAUAGCUAGAAAGCUAUGGAUCUUCUCCAAACGAGACGACGAGGAGCUGCAGAAGCAUGCCGAAAAGGAGGCCGAACUGGCCACCGCUAGGGCGGCAGACGCUGCUGUGAAUCAGGAGGAUUUGCAGGCUAGACCAAUGCCUGAACAGGUCACAAUCUGCCCCCGUGGCUGCGAAGCCACAUAUUUUCCCGAAAAGAUCUCUGUUCUGAAGGCCAAGCUUAGACGCGUUUUCAACAGUCAUUAUGGAGCCUUUGACGACGAAUUGCGUGCUGCCUUCAUCGAGGAAAGUCGUAACGUGUUUCGCUUCAACAUUGAGGUAGUGCGCACCAUCAAGGGCGUUAAUCGAGCCAAUCUCAGGAAGCUGGCCCUUGCCGCUAUCUUCGUAACUAGUAUUGUUUUGGCCAUCAAAUUAGCUAUUAAGUAAGACAAUCAGGGGAAUGCACUGUUAGGUCCUCCCAGUAGGUUAGACUCUCAUAUUUAGGCUGUUAAAAUAUUAAAUACUCCCCAUAUUAUUGUGAUCUUCACGUCA